UGGGGGCGCGCCGAGGGGGGUGGCGGGCAGCAUGCUGCUCGGCUGCGGCUCGGCCUCCCACACCCGCGGCGCCCGCGUCCUCGCCAGCAGCGGCGGCGGCGGCGGCGGCGGCCGAGCGGGAGCGGCGCCCGCGUCUGCAGCGGGGGGCACCGGGCAUGGCGCUGCCGAGGGGCGGCCGUGCAGGGGCGCCGGGCCGGCUGCUGCUGCUGCUGCUGGGCGCCGCAUGCCUGCUGGUCCCCGGCGCGCAGGUGAGGCGCCUGGCGCGCUGCCCCGCCACUUGCAGCUGUACCAAGGAGUCCAUCAUCUGCGUGGGCUCCUCCUGGGUGCCCCGAACCGUGCCCGGCGACAUCAGCUCCCUGAGCCUGGUCAAUGGAACCUUCUUGGAAAUCAAAGACCGAAUGUUUUCCCACCUACCUUCUCUACAACUGCUAUUGCUGAAUUCUAACUCGUUCACAGUCAUCCGGGAUGAUGCUUUCGCUGGACUUUUUCAUCUUGAGUACCUGUUCAUUGAAGGGAACAAAAUAGAAACCAUCUCAAGAAAUGCUUUUCGUGGCCUCCGGGACCUGACUCACCUUUCUUUGGCCAAUAACCAUAUAAAAGCACUCCCGAGGGAUGUCUUCAGUGAUUUAGACUCUCUGAUUGAACUAGAUUUAAGGGGCAAUAAAUUUGAGUGUGACUGCAAAGCCAAGUGGUUGUAUCUGUGGCUGAAGAUGACAAAUUCUACAGUCUCGGAUAUACUCUGUAUUGGACCCCCAGAAUAUCACGAAAAGAAGCUAAAUGAUGUGACCAGCUUUGACUAUGAAUGUACAACUACAGAUUUUGUUGUUCACCAGACUCUGCCCUACCAGUCGGUGUCGGUGGACACGUUUAACUCCAAGAAUGAUGUGUACGUGACCAUCGCCCAGCCCAGCAUGCAGAACUGUAUGGUCCUGGAGUGGGACCACAUCGAGAUGAACUUCCGCAGCUAUGACAACAUCACAGGUCAAUCCAUCGUGGGCUGUAAGGCCAUUCUCAUUGAAGACCAGGUGUUUGUGGUGGUGGCCCAGCUCUUCGGUGGCUCCCACAUUUACAAAUACGAUGAGAGCUGGACCAAGUUUGUCAAGUUCCAAGACAUAGAAGUCUCUCGCAUCUCCAAGCCCAACGACAUUGAGCUGUUUCAGAUCGAGGAUGAGACGUUCUUUGUCAUUGCAGACAGCUCCAAGGCAGGACUGUCGACAGUGUAUAAGUGGAACAGCAAAGGCUUCUAUUCCUACCAGUCUCUGCACGAGUGGUUCCGGGACACAGAUGCGGAGUUUGUGGAUAUAGAUGGCAAGUCGCAUCUCAUCCUGUCCAGCCGCUCCCAGGUUCCCAUUAUCCUCCAAUGGAACAAGAGCUCAAAGAAGUUUGUCCCUCACAGUGACAUCCCCAACAUGGAGGACGUGCUGGCUGUGAAGAGCUUCCGGAUGCAGAACAAUCUUUACCUGUCGCUCACCCGCUUCAUUGGGGACUCCAGGGUCAUGAGGUGGAAUAGUAAGCAGUUUGUGGAGGUCCAGGCCCUCCCCUCCCGGGGGGCCAUGACCUUGCAGCCCUUUUCAUUUAAAGAUAAUCACUACCUGGCCUUGGGGAGUGACUAUACGUUCUCCCAGAUCUACCAGUGGGAUGAGGAGAAGCAGCUCUUUAAAAAAUUCAAGGAGAUUUAUGUUCAGGCUCCUCGGUCCUUCACAGCCGUCUCCACUGACAGGAGAGAUUUCUUUUUUGCGUCCAGUUUCAAAGGGAAGACAAAGAUUUUCGAGCACAUAGUUGUUGAUUUGAGUUUGUGAAGGUGUGGUUGGUGAAUGACUAAAAAAACACAGGAUCCUGGCUUUCUUGUGGGAGAGGACCCAGAGGAGGACAACUAGAAGAAGCCAGGUUCCAUGCUCUGAAAUAAGAACAGACAAUGCACUGGGAAAAUAGUUAGGUGUUUUCAAACUUUUAGAAGUCACAUUUCAAUCAGGGAUUGCAUUCAUGGGCUCACUGCAUGACAUGUCCCUUCACUUUCCAAAGACAUCUUAAAGCCUGUAAUCUCUGAGAAAGAGACCAACUUCAACUCUCACUGUCUAGAAGAGUCUUGUGCUUUUUAGUGAAGGAGUACAGCAGAUAAGAUGGGGCAGCUCUUAGAAUGAAAUAAUCAUAAUUAUAAAAAUAAAAGACCAAACAAAUGAUGAACUCUUGGCAUUCCAUUUUAAGUCUGUUUUUAGUAGGAACUCUUAAAGCCAAAGUCAGCUGAAAGAUUUGCUGAUGAUUAGGUUAAAAAUCUGAUAAUACUCAGCAAUGCUAUUUUGAGCCAUCCCAGACUUCCAAGCCUACCCCCUUCCUCCUCCUCUGAUAUUAGAAGAACCUCCACUUGUGUUGGCUUGUCCACUUAUGCUUGGGUAUAUUAACAAAACUCUGAUGCUACUUCCUCUGCCACAGAGAAGGUGCCACUGAUGUAUCUGGGCCCUUCUCUGGCCAGAGGCCCAGGAGCUCAGCAAAAGAAUCUUCUCUUCUUCAUGAUUCAAACCCGAUUCCCCUGGUACCAGAGCAAUCAUACGUUUUCAUGCUCUCGGUGAGUCUUCUGCUUCUCCAAAACCAGAUUUUGAGUUUGUGGGUAAGCAGCAAACAGGCCAAUGACUAAAUUUUUCUUCAGGCCUUUAGCAUGAUGAAACUGGGUUUUCCAUCUGUUGAGCGUUUGGUAGGAUUUUGGAAGGGAGGUUUGGUGGAGUCACAGGCGGCCCUCCAGGAGACUUGAUGUUCUUAGAAACCAAGAGACGGGGAUCCUUUGGGUUAUGCAUGUUGUCUUUGCCCUCAAGGUGAUUUUCUAUCUCAAAUAAUUGAAUACCAUGCUGCUUGCUUGCUCACUGCCCUGCCAGUAAUGUUCCUGCUUGGGCUGAUUGCCUGGCAUCACUGCUCCU